AGGCAUUCUCGUUGCCCCGCCAGGAAGUUUGUGUGUGCACAAGUAAAUUAGACGUGCAGUAACACCACAUUUGGGAGUGAGAUUACUGUAAAUGAGGCUGUCCGAUUCUUUUUUUAAUUAACACGAGUAUGGGGAGAGAGUCCAGAAAAUGAAGAAAAAGCAGUUGAAAACCCCAGCAUUGAGACACUACCGAAAGCGCUCUGCCUCGAGGGGCCGGUCCGGGAGCCGCUCUCCAGAGAAGCGUGUGAAGCGUGAUGAGCGGGUCCGCUCCAGGAGCAGAGAGCGAGAGCGCAGGAGAGAAAGGACUCACAGCAGAGAGAGGAGGAGAUCCCGGUCCAGGGAGAGGAAGCGAGUCAGACGUUCUCGCAGCCGGGAGAGGAGGCGCUCCCGCAGUCGGGACCGCAGAGGUCGGAGGUCACGCUCCACCAGCCCCAGCAAGAGCAGGAAGACUGAUGACGGAUCAAAAUCCAAGGAGAAAAAUGACAGCACAGAGCCCUCUGCUGAAAAAAAGAAAAUAAAAGAGGAAAAAGAGGAAGAAAAGGAUGAAGCUGUGUCUGAAGUUAGGACAAAGGAUGCGACGACAGAACGGCAGCCUGAUGAGAACUUUGACCAGAAUAAGCUGGAGGAGGAGAUGAGGAAAAGGAAAGAGCGAGUGGAGAAAUGGAGAGAAGAGCAGCGGAAGAAAGCAAUGGAAAACAUCGGGGAGCUGAAGAGGGAGCUGGAGGAGAUGAAGCAGGGAAAGAAGUGGAGCCUUGAGGAUGACGAGGAUGAUGACGAGGAUGGGGUGGCAGUGGCUCAAGAGGCAGAAGCAGAGAAAGAGGCAGAGGAAGAAGUAGAGGCAGAGGCAGAAAGCAUGGAGGAUGUGGAUGAUGAGCAAGACACGCUAGACGCCUACAUGGAGGAGGUGAAGGAGGAGGUGAAGAAAUUCAACAUGGGCAGCAUGAAAGGUGCAAAUGACAAGAAGAGUGGUACAACAGUAACCAAAGUGUUGACUGUAUUAACGACCAAAAAAGCAUCUUGUGACUCCGAGAAGAAGAAAGGGGAGCUGAUGGAAAACGACCAGGAUGCAAUGGAGUACUCCUCAGAAGAGGAAGAGGUUGAUCUUCAGACUGCACUCACUGGGUAUCAGUCGAAACAGAGGAAGCUGCUGGAACCUGUGGACCAUCAGAAGAUCGAGUAUGAGCCAUACCGCAAGAACUUCUAUGUCGAGGUUCCUGAGCUGACUAGAAUGACUCCAGAAGAAGUGCAUAUCUACCGGUUGGAAUUGGAAGGGAUUUCAGUGAAGGGUAAAGGCUGCCCCAAACCAAUCAAGACCUGGGUGCAAUGUGGCAUCUCUAUGAAGAUUUUAAGUGCUCUUAAAAAACAAAACUAUGAAAAACCUACACCGAUCCAAGCCCAGGCUAUUCCUGCCAUCAUGUGUGGGAGGGAUCUGAUUGGGAUUGCUAAAACUGGCAGUGGCAAGACUAUCGCCUUUCUGCUGCCCAUGUUCCGGCACAUCAUGGACCAGAGACCUUUGGAGGAAGCUGAGGGUCCGAUUGCGGUCAUCAUGACCCCGACUCGAGAAUUGGCCCUUCAGAUAACUAAAGAAUGCAAGAAGUGCUCAAAGCCUCUGGGUCUCCGGGUGGUCUGUGUGUACGGAGGCACAGGAAUCAGUGAACAGAUUGCAGAACUAAAGAGAGGAGCUGAGAUCAUUGUAUGCACGCCCGGGCGCAUGAUAGACAUGUUGGGAGCCAAUAAUGGUCGAGUCACAAACCUGCGUAGAGUCACCUACGUUGUGGUAGAUGAAGCUGACAGGAUGUUUGACAUGGGUUUUGAACCGCAGGUCAUGCGCAUUGUUGACAACAUCCGUCCAGACCGGCAGACAGUGAUGUUCUCAGCCACAUUCCCCAGAGCCAUGGAGGCCCUCGCUCGGAGGAUAUUAUCCAAACCUGUGGAGGUGCAGGUGGGAGGCAGAAGCAUUGUGUGCUCGGAUGUGGAGCAGCAUGUGAUUGUCCUUGAGGAAGAGAACAAGUUCCUGAAGCUGCUGGAGCUGCUGGGUCACUACCAGGAGAAGGGCUCUGUUAUAAUAUUUGUAGACAAACAGGAGCACGCGGAUGGGCUGUUGAAGGAGCUGAUGAAGGCCUCGUACCCUUGCAUGUCCCUUCACGGAGGCAUCGACCAGUAUGACCGAGAUAGCAUUAUAAAUGACUUUAAGAAUGGAGCCUGUCGACUGCUUGUGGCAACCUCGGUCGCUGCCAGAGGGCUGGAUGUGAAGCACCUGAUCUUGGUGAUCAACUACAACUGCCCCAAUCACUAUGAGGAUUAUGUGCACCGAGCCGGCCGCACUGGGAGAGCAGGGAAUAAAGGGUUUGUCUACACCUUUAUUACGGAGGACCAAGCUCGCUACACUGUGGAUAUUAUAAAGGCUCUGGAGCUGUCAGGAGCCGCUGUUCCUCCAGAACUGGAGCAGCUAUGGAACAACUUCAAGGAUCAACAGAAAGCUGAGGGAAAAAGCAUCAAGAGCAGCAGCGGCUUCUCUGGGAAAGGCUUCAAGUUUGAUGAGACAGAGCACGCUCUGGCCAACGAGAGGAAGAAGCUGCAGAAAGCUGCGCUGGGGCUGCAGGACUCUGAUGACGAGGAUGGUGCUUUAGAUAUUGAUGAGCAGAUCGAGAGUAUGUUCAACUCUAAGAAGAGAGUGAAGGACAUGGCCGCACCAGGGGGUGGUGGAGGAGGGGGAGCCAACGCUGCUGCUGGAGGCGGGGUGGGGCCCAGCAUGCUGGUGCCCUCUGCUGGCAACGCUGAGAAACUGGAGAUCGCCAAGAAACUGGCACUGAAGAUCAACGCACAGAAGAAUCUGGGUUCGGAAGCACUGGAUGUGAUGCAGCAAGCAACAAACGCAGUUUUGCGUGGAGGCACCAUUCAGCCACAGUCUGUCUCUGCAAAGACCAUCGCGGAGCAGCUGGCUGAGAAGAUCAACGCCAAGUUGAACUACAUCCCUGUGGAGAAGCAGGAGGAGGAGAAACAGGAAAGCGUGCAGAACGAGACACUGAAGAGAUACGAGGAGGAGCUGGAGAUCAACGACUUCCCCCAGACUGCCCGCUGGAAGGUCACCUCCAAAGAGGCAUUGCAGAGGAUCGGCGAGUAUUCGGAGGCUGCUAUUACCAUCCGAGGGACUUACUUCCCACCAGGCAAGGAGCCGAAGGAAGGAGAGCGCAAGAUCUAUCUGGCCAUCGAAAGUGCGAACGAGCUGGCCGUGCAGAAAGCUAAAGCAGAGAUCUCCAGGCUUAUUAAAGAAGAGCUCAUCAGACUGCAAAACUCUUACCAGCCGACCAGCAAGGGAAGAUACAAGGUUUUGUAGGAGCUCAGGAACAUGAAUGGACGAGCGUUGCAUUUCUGUCUUGUGUUUUUAUGUGAAUGGACUGCACAUUUCUUUUCUGUGUGUUUUUACAGGAGCUGUAGAUUCAUGUUCGUGCUUGUAAUACCAGGAUCCUGUCCAGGAGAGUUUAUACAUGUGUGUUUAUUGGUUCUCACUUCGGCUCAAUCUGUUUGAGUUGUUGUAAAUUCCACCUUUUUUCAUUAUUUAAAAUACAUCACUUGAAGUGCAUAGCAGUGGAGGAAUAGCUGUCAUAGAUCCUGUGGUUUGGUUUCUUACAGUAAUUCAUUUAUUGGAUUAAAACAUACAAUUGGACUUGUCCCUUAAAUUAGAAUGGAAUUUCAGAUCAGAGGGUUUUUUUUGUUUUGUUUAAAUAGAAAACUGUCAAUCUGAUUAAGAGUACUGUGCUGAAUUGGUGCACUUCUGUAAGACAAGAGCAUUGAAAUUGGUAUGUUGUAUGUCUUGCGCAUAUUGUAGACCUGAAAGAGAUUUGGGUACGCUGAUGGUCAUAUUUGUGUUUAAGUUGGCGUUCCUCAUGUGCUGACUUCAGUCCGUUUUUGUAUGUCGGACGUUUGACUUGCCCUUAUGUCGAAACUCUUUUUAAAACAUACUGUAGUAUAAGACCUCUUUUAGAGUUAAAAAAAAAAAAAAAAAAAAAAAAAAAAA